AUGUCAGCCGCGCGCUUGCUGCUUCACAGGCGCUCUUCGUCCUGCUUGCAGUCUCAGUCGCGACUUUUUUCCGCUUCGUCUCCGCUGUUGGCAGGCCUUGUGUCGGCGUAUGUUGUGUCCCCGGCGCCGCCGCUCGCGGGCUUUUCUCUCCCUGCGUCUCUGCCUUCUUCCUCCUCGCGCCUCUCUCUCUCUCCCGCUACCGCCGCAGCCGGGGCUUCUCGGCGCACACUCUCGGGGCGCCCGCACGCCGCUCAGCGACGGUGGACAGCUGAAGCCAGCGCACCUGAGACGGCUGCAGCAACGGCGCACGCGGCCGAGGAAGGCGGGCAGAGCGAAGAGAGGCGGGAAGAAUGGAGGCGACGGAGACGCGGGCCUGAGGGGCUGGGCGGCCGUCGACUUUUCUCUUCGUGCGUGUCGGCGGACUUCGAGGACCGACGACGACCCGAGAGGCUCUGCUCGGCCUCCAGCGAAGGCGACGGAGAGUCCAACGCUCGCAGCAGCGCGGCAGGCGACGGCGCGUCGGGCGCGCAACGGCCCUUCCGCUGGUCGCUUCUGCCGGUGGGCGCCGUGCUGGGUGUUGCCCUGGGUGCGUCCCCGACUGCGGAAGACCGGGCGCCGCCGUCGCGGUGGCUCCCGCGGCUCGGCUUCGCGUCUCCCGCGCUGGCGCGCUGCUGCGGAAUCGUGGGCUACCUGGGGGACAAGGAGGCGGAGCCGGUGCUGAUGGAGGGCUUGGAGCUUCUUCAGAACCGCGGCUACGACUCGUGCGGCAUCACCUCGAUCUCUGCGGCCGGCGAGCUGGUCACCACGAAGUUCGCCAGCAAGGGCUCGACGUGCGACUCGAUCGACAUCCUCCGCCGCGAGGGGAAGCUGCGCCACGCGGGAAACUGCGUCGGCAUCGCGCACACGCGCUGGGCGACGCACGGCGGGAAGACCGACGAGAACGCGCAUCCACACCACGACUGGAAAGACCGGAUUUCCCUGGUCCACAACGGCACGAUCGACAACUACGCCCUGCUCAAAAAGGCGCUGAUCGAGCGCGGAUGCACUUUCCGCUCCGAGACCGACACGGAAGUCAUCGCCAACCUCAUCGGCUGGUACCUCGACCAAGUCGCCGAAGACCUCGGCGACGCCUCCACAGAGGCCCCUGAGUCCUCCGCCGCCUCCGCCUCCGAGCGCUUUGCACCCGCGGCGGGCGCCCUCGCGUUGCUCGACCCGAGUUUGGGCGCGGAGGCCACGCUGGCGCUGUCUAGCGCGUCGCGCACGCCGUCGGGCGAGUCAAGGCCGCGGCGGACGCUGUCCUUCGAGGAGGCGGUGAAGCGGGCGGUGGGGGAGCUGCAGGGCACGUGGGGCCUGUGCAUCGUGCACCGCGACUAUCCAGAUCGUUUGAUUCUCGCGCGGAAUGGGUCGCCGCUGCUGGUGGGCUCCGCGGGCGGGCAGGUCUUUGUGGCGUCGGAGCCGGCUGCGCUCGCGCGGCACACGAACCAGUACCUGAUGCUGAAGGACGGCGAAAUCGCGGUGGUCACGGCGCAAGGCGUUGGGCAGUUGGAGGCGACGCGGCCGGUGCAUCGCAUCGCGCAGGAGGAGAAAAUCGAAGUCUCGCCUGAGCCCUUUCCGCACUGGACGGUGAAGGAAGUCUUUGAGCAGCCGCAGGCGCUCGCGCGCGCGAUGAACUACGGCGGGCGGAUCGCCCCGUACCAGAACCGCGUGAAACUCGGCGGCCUGGACCAGAAUCGCCAGGCGCUGCUGGCGAUCAAAAACCUCCUCAUCUGCGGCUGCGGCACUUCCCUCUACGCCGGAAUGUACGGGGAACUGCUGAUGCAGUGGCUCAAGUGCUUCGAUCAAGUUCGCGCCGUCGACGCGAGCGAAAUCGACCUCUACCACUUCCCCAAAGCUGACGCCGGCGUCCUCCUCCUCUCGCAGUCCGGCGAGACUCUCGACACGGUGCGCGCCUGCCAGCUCGCCGACGUGCAGGGCCUCAAAAAGUUCUCCGUCGUCAACCAAGUCGGCUCCCUUCUCGCCCGCAUGACCAACUGCGGCGUCUACCUCAACGCAGGCAGAGAGGUCGCCGUCGCUUCCACCAAGGCCUUCUCAUCCCAGGUCGCGGUCUUGUCGCUGAUUGCCGCCUGGUUUGCGCAGAAUCAGUGUGUGCAGACUUUCCCAGACCGCUGCACGGCGCUGAUGGACGCGAUUCACCGGCUGCCGGUGUACGCAGGGAUGACGCUCAACUGCAGGGCGGUGUGUCGGGAGCUCGCGGCGGGUCUGAAGGACGCCAAGACGCUCUUCGUCCUCGGGAGGGGCUUCGGCUACCCCGUCGCGCUCGAGGGCGCGCUGAAGAUCAAAGAAGUUGCGUAUCUGCACGCUGAAGGCUUCCCGGCAGGCGCGCUGAAGCACGGCCCGUUCGCGCUCAUCGACGAGGCCGAGCGAACGCCGGUGAUUCUCCUCAUCUUCGCCGACCAACAUGCGGCCUCGCUGCUGAACGCCGCGCAGCAGGUCAAGGCGCGCGGCGCACGCCUCAUUUGUAUCACAGACGAACCCGACAUCGUGAGAGACGUCGCCGACGCCGUCCUCGUCGUGCCCAGCAACGGCCCGCUCACCGCGCUUCUUGCGUGCAUUCCGCUGCAGCUGCUCGCCUACGAACUCGCCGUCGCCAAAGGCCUCAACCCCGACAAGCCCCGCGGCCUCGCUAAAACGGUCACCGUCAUGUGA